UUACCACCUCUACGGCAGGAGUCUGGAGUCUAGAGGUGGUGUUCGUGAUGCGCAGAGGUGGAGGAAUUUGGGAUUCAUUGCGCACCCGUUUCAAUAUGGAUUACUUUCGUUCAGCAAACAUCAGCAACAUGGCAGACUCAAUGAAAAAAUUUGGUGCCCAAACGGCAACUUUCUUCUCAAGGGCAAAGCAGUACACAGAGGAGCAACUUGGUACAUCCGAGAAGACAGUUUUCGACGCACGAUUUGAAUCUCUGGUUGAGAAGGCAGAUCGCACGAAAUACUGGACAGAACGUUUGCUAAGGCAAACUGAAGCACUGCUUCAGCCUAAUCCAGGAAUGAGAGCUGAAGAAUUUGUUUAUCAAAAAUUAGACAAACCGAAACCUCCCCGUCUGACCGAGAGUGAAUCACUGGGCCAGUCUAUGAUUGAAGCUGGAAAUGAUUUUGGCCCAGGAACAAAUUAUGGUAGUGCACUGGUCAAAGUUGGAACAACAGAAAAAAAGCUUGGCCAGGCAGAGAGAGAUUUAAAGGCCAAGUCUAUGACGCACUUUCUCCAUCAGCUUAAGACCUUUUUGGAAGGGGAUAUGAAAACAAUAUCAAAAGAACGCAGAACUCUCUUGGCUAAAAGAUUAGACCUGGAUGCAUGUAAAACUAAAGUAAGAAAGGCUCAAAGUCCGGAGAAGAUCCAACAGGUCACAUUCAAAUGCUUGACAAAAGGUCUCUUUCUUCCUGACGAUAAAGCAGAAAAGGUGACAUUUGUAACCAUUCUUUUCGUCACAUUUACAUGUAUUCAUGCACAUGAUUCUUGUUCAUGGUUUCUUUAUGCACAUGAUUCUUGUUCAUGGUUCCUUUACCUAAUGGACUUGGCAAGGUUCUCCUGUAGUGAUUUCUGAGUCUUCACCAUUUUGUCCUGAAUUAAAGUGUAUAUGACACUAAAAAUAAUUUCCCCUUUUUGAAAGGCCUUUC